AUGUUCCUUCAAACUGCAAUUAAGGAGUUGGACAGGUACUUACCACCCACAAACCGUUGGUGUGUUUUGUUUGCUACCGUCCCAGUAUCCUUUGCUUCAGGGACGUUAUUCGCAUACUCGGUAUUUGGCACUCAACUUGCCGAUAGAUGUAAACUUGAUGCUUCCUCCACUGUGAACUUGAAUAUCACUGCUACUCUCGGUGGUGCCAUCGGUGGAUUACUUUCUGGCUUGCUUACAGACAGAUAUGGGACGCAAAUUCCAAUUUUGAUCAGUUUCUUGUGCCUUACAUUGGGGUACUUUUUGGUUUACUUGAGUUACCAAUUAGGUGAGGGUAGUACGUUCAUAGGACUCUUAUUUGCGAUGCUUUGUGUUGGAUUUGGAUCUGUAGCUGGAUACUUUAGUUCUUUGAAGGCCGUAGCUUUGAAUUUCCCCGACUUUAAAGGCUCUGCACAAAGUGUAACUAUUGCUUCAUUUGCGAUUUCCAGUUUAUUGUACCUGGUUGUUUCGAGCUUUUUAAGCACCGGUGACUUUAUAAAAUUCUUGUCAAUCUCCUGUGCGGUCUUGACUUCUAUUGGGUUUGUCUUUAUUAGAGUCGAUGGUCACUAUAAUGAAGUUCUCCUAUCAGAUAUUGAAGAACAGGUGGAAGGUGAGUCUAGCCAAUUGCUAGCUGACGAAUCUUCUGGUUACGAGAGUGUUGUUAGCGACACCAAUUUGAAGAGUCAGCCCGAUGUUGACGUUGUGAAGACCUUAAAUUUGAAGGGGUCACUCUUCCAUCCUACAUUUUGGCUCCAUUACUUAAUAUUCUCCAUUACUCAAGGUUUUGGUCAAAUGUACAUAUACUCGGUCGGUUAUAUCCUUAAGGCUAUUUACUAUUACUACACCCAUAAUGAAAUUACUUCAGAUGUGGUAAGCUUGCAGAAAUUGCAGGCACUUCACGUAUCGUUGAUUGCCAUAUUUUCUUUCAUUGGUAGAUUGUCGUCUGGUCCCACAUCUGACUACUUUUACAAAGUCUUGAAAGUUCAAAGACACUGGAUAUUAAUUCUUGGAACUCUUGUGAUGUUGGUGGGCCAUUCCUUGCAAUUAUUAGACGUUGAAAGUACAUUUAAAACCUUGGGAGGUGCUAACAUUUACUUACUGGUAGCUUCGUGCACAGUUGGCUUUGCCUACGGAUUUACUUUUGCUUGCUACCCUGUUAUCGUUUCAGACAUUUUCAAUAUGAAGUACUAUAGUUUUAUUUGGGGAUGUUUAUAUACAAGUACAACAAUUGGGUUAACUCUAAUGUCUAAAAUUUUCGGAUAUGUCUAUGAUUCUAACUCGGUAACUUGGGAUCCUUCAAAUAAAGUUUACAUUUGUUCCAAAGGUUCUGGAUGUUACCAUGCCACUUUUAAAAUCACCUGUGGAAUGUGUGUUUUGGUAAUUGCAUUGGUUGGCGGUUAUAUUUAUCGUGGAAGGAACACCAAGUAG